AUGACACCGGCGCAAAGUCCAGUUCCGAUCUCGGACGCGCUCCAUCGCAAAGACCAACCGGCAUUAGAGAUAGACUCUAAACAGUCAGAUGCGACAAAUAAACAGAAUUAUAAGGGAUUCGUGGCGGGCAUGUUCUCUGGAGUUGCGAAGCUAAGUGUUGGCCAUCCGUUCGAUACCAUCAAGGUCCGCCUUCAAACCAGCAAAGAUGCACAUUUCAGUGGUCCGCUGGACUGUACAUUGCAGACUGUACGAAAGGAAGGAGUCCGAGGGUUUUAUAAGGGCGCCACGCCACCGCUGGUCGGAUGGAUGGUAAUGGACUCAGUUAUGCUGGGAUCCUUAACGCUAUAUCGCCGACUACUUCUGGAAAAUGUUUUCUCCAAACCGAAUAUUCGCGCCUGGUCUCUGUUCUCAAAUAAAACUCCCGAUCUCCAAACGCUCCCAUCUUUCGGCCACGGUAUUGCGGGUAUCAUGGCUGGUACAACCGUCAGUUUCAUUGCCGCACCAGUCGAACACAUCAAGGCCCGUCUUCAAGUGCAAUAUGCGGCCACCAAAAGCCAACGAAUGUAUAGUGGACCAAUUGACUGUGUCGAAAAAAUUUAUCGUGCUCAUGGUAUUCGUGGCAUAUAUCGUGGUCUUGGGGCCACUAUUUUAUUCCGUUCUUUCUUCUUCUUCUGGUGGAGCUCUUAUGACAUCCUUACCCGGUUCAUGAAGCAAAACACCAGCAUGUCAACGCCCGCAAUUAACUUUUGGGCCGGUGGCAUCUCUGCCCAGGCUUUCUGGCUCACGUCUUAUCCAUCUGAUGUGGUGAAGCAGCGUUUGAUGACAGACCCGAUGGGUGGAACAUUGAAUGAUGGACAACGACAAUUCCGAGGCUGGAAGGAUGCCGCUUUGGCGGUCUGGCGAGAGCGUGGAUGGAAAGGAUAUUGGCGGGGAUUCGUGCCAUGCUUUUUGCGGGCCUUCCCCGCGAAUGCGAUUGCACUGGUUGCAUUUGAAGGAGUGAUGCGGACUUUGCCGUGA